UGUUGAGAGGCGAUUCGGUUUAGUUUGGAAAAUAAAAUUGAAGUUGACUCUGAAGGACAGGGUAGAACAAGACCACCCAUACUACCACCAUGGAAAAAAUAAACAAAAUGCAAUAGUGUUUUUUUUUUUCUUCUUAAACUUCCUGGAGCCAAUGAGAAAUUGUCGAUGUUUAACAAGUACAAAUUCAUGUGAGCGCAAUUCUAGCGCACUUUCCGGUUAUUAAACAUAACCAUUAUCUCCCGUAAAACGUGAAAUGUUUUACGGAAUAACUGGCCAGUAACCCUUGUCGCUUAUCGUAUCGAGGCCUGGGUGCGGUUUACACAUCUUUCCAGCCGCGCCUUUUCCUGUCACGGCGGAACGGCUGUGCGUAAGGACGGCGGGUCAGCUGACAGCUAUCAGAGGACCAGGAGGAAGGAGCGGAAUUAGCGGGCGUGUGAACUGGGAACCUACUGGAUCCUGACAUAAGCUAUCCGAGGCCGAACGGAGAGGCAAAAGACUGGUGGCGUUCUUGAGAGAACUAGGGAGGGCUUUGGUUUCACCAUGGCAGGUUGGGAUUGAAGAGCAGCCACGAUGAUUGGAGGACUGUUCAUCUACAACCACAAGGGGGAGGUCCUCAUCUCCCGAGUUUACCGAGAUGACAUAGGGCGUAAUGCUGUGGAUGCGUUCCGCGUGAACGUGAUCCACGCCAGGCAGCAGGUUCGAUCGCCGGUAACCAAUAUUGCCCGCACCAGUUUCUUCCACGUGAAGCGCUCCAACAUCUGGUUGGCAGCCGUCACCAAGCAAAAUGUCAACGCCGCCAUGGUGUUUGAGUUCCUUUACAAAAUGUGUGACGUCAUGACCGCAUACUUCGGCAAGAUCAGCGAGGAGAACAUCAAGAACAACUUUGUGCUCAUCUAUGAGCUGCUGGAUGAGAUCCUGGACUUUGGCUACCCCCAGAACUCAGAGACUGGGGCACUGAAGACCUUCAUAACCCAGCAGGGCAUUAAGGGACAGCACCAGACAAAAGAGGAGCAGUCUCAGAUCACCAGCCAGGUGACGGGGCAGAUUGGCUGGCGUCGCGAGGGCAUCAAGUAUCGCCGCAAUGAGCUCUUCCUGGACGUACUGGAAAGCGUUAACCUGCUUAUGUCACCACAAGGGCAGGUCCUGAGUGCUCACGUGUCCGGCCGAGUCGUGAUGAAGAGCUACCUGAGUGGAAUGCCCGAGUGCAAAUUUGGCAUGAACGACAAGAUCGUCAUCGACAAGCAGGGCAAGGGAGGAGCUUCUGAUGAUGCAGGGAAGAGUGAUUUAGGGGGAGGAAGUGGGAAGCAGUCCAUAGCCAUCGAUGACUGCACCUUCCACCAGUGUGUGCGCCUCAGUAAGUUUGACUCUGAGCGUAGCAUCAGCUUCAUCCCCCCUGAUGGAGAGUAUGAGCUUAUGAGAUAUCGCACUACAAAGGACAUCAUCCUGCCGUUCCGAGUUAUUCCUCUAGUCAGGGAGGUGGGCCGCACCAAACUGGAGGUGAAAGUGGUCAUCAAGUCCAACUUCAAACCAUCACUGCUGGCUCAGAAGAUUGAGGUGCGUAUCCCAACACCCCUCAAUACUAGCGGUGUGCAGGUGAUUUGUAUGAAAGGAAAAGCCAAGUACAAGGCCAGUGAGAACGCCAUUGUCUGGAAGAUCAAACGGAUGGCUGGGAUGAAGGAGUCUCAGAUCAGUGCAGAGAUUGAGCUUCUGCCAACCAACGAUAAGAAGAAAUGGGCCAGGCCUCCCAUCUCUAUGAACUUUGAGGUUCCUUUUGCGCCAUCCGGCCUGAAGGUGCGCUACUUGAAGGUGUUUGAGUCCAAGCUCAACUACAGUGACCAUGAUGUCAUCAAAUGGGUGCGGUACAUCGGCCGCUCUGGAAUCUAUGAAACCCGCUGCUAAAGUUGUACCUCCCCCCUGCCAGGCAGCAAACUCACCACUUCCCCUCCCAUCUAUCCUGUUAAGAUUUUUUUUUUUUUUUCCCCCCCUCCUUUUCCUUCCUCUUCCUCCCACAACCCUUAUCACUUCUCUCUCACCCCCUCCCACCUCUCCCUAACUAGGUGUUGAAGAUUGAAAUUUACAUUGUCAAAGAAAAAAAAGUAAAUAUGUUAUAAUGCACAGAUAUAUGCAAAAUGUGAACCAUUGUAUCGUAUAUAUCUCGUUGUGAUGAGUAAACAUGAACCAGCCGGUGUCUGAAAGAAAAAGACGAGUGAUGCGGGAGUGUCCGGGGGAGCGAACUAGAGGCUUGAAGGGUCCCCCCCCCUCCUUCCCCCCCUGUUGUGUUUAUUCAGUGUUAUUGUUCCACUAUCUACUCAACACUUAGAAGUCCCAAAUCUUCGAGUUAUCCCUGCUAAGAUGAUUAGUAGCUGUUGUGGUUUAAAAUGAAUCCUUAUGUAGUUCCUGUAUACAAACGUCUCUCAGUAGAAUCUACCCUUUUGAAUGAAUUGACUGAUAUGUGAUCCGUGUUUUCAGGAGUGCUCAUUCGGAUCUCAAAAGCAGGCAGAGCAGAAAUGAUGAUGUGCAAGCCUUUUGUUUUUUUUUGAUAGAUUUCCCUGGUAUUUUUCCACUACUUCUCCCUCACUUUUUACCCUGGCAUUCAGUCAGUGAAGUUAAAACAUAAGGGAACAUUCCAGACAGUUUAAGCUUGACCAUCAUCAUGAUAAGCAAGUCGUGACCCAAAUUCACACCCAAAUUUAACUUUGGCACACUUGGUUUUCUUUGGGAUUCAAAGACGAGGCCCUAGACGUGUUUGCAGUGAGGUGAGGUCUCCCCCUGGCGUUUGCUUUGCACCUGUCUGCUUCUUCAUGUUUGUAGCCCUGGUGACCGUUCUGUCCAAUUAAAUCUGACUCUGUAACCAAA